AUGCAACCGGGUCCCUCCGUGUCGCUGAAGUGCAUUGCUGCGGGCAACCCCACGCCGCACUUCUCCUGGACGCUGGACGGCUUCCCGCUGCCCACCAGCGACAGGUUGCUGAUCGGGCAGUACGUGACGGCGCACGGGGACGUGAUCAGCCACGUGAACGUGAGCUCGGUGCGCGUGGAGGACGGCGGCGAGUACCGCUGCGUGGCCUCCAACCGCGUGGGCUUCGCCGCCCACGCAGCCCGCCUCAACAUCUACGGUCUUCCACAUGUUCGCCCCAUGUCAACAAUAGGAGCCGUAGCUGGAAAAGACUUGAUAAUCAAGUGUCCUGUAGCAGGCUUUCCGAUUAGCUCUAUUAUUUGGGAGAAAGAUGGUCAGCAGCUGCCCGUGAAUCGUCGCCAGGAAGUUUCCGCCAACGGGACUCUUACUGUGCGAAACGUCGUUGACAGCGAUUCUGACCGAGGAGUCUACACCUGCACAGCCCGAAACAAACAAGGCCACGAGGAUUCAAAAAGUGUCACGGUUGAAGUGAAAGUCCCUCCUAAAAUAGAGCCUUUCAGCUUUCCGGCCAAUAUACAGGAAGGGGCACGAGUCCAUGUGACCUGUGUUGUUAGCGAAGGGGACUCCCCUCUCAAGAUAGAGUGGCUCAAAGAUGGGCGUGCACUAGCAGCAGAGGAUGCAGCAUCCAUCAGUACAUACCAAAUUGGCGACUACGACUUGGCACUGCGGCUUGUGAGUGCCGCUCCAGACCACAAUGGAAACUACACGUGUGUGGCUACCAAUGAGGCUGCCAGCACAUCGUACACAGCCCUGUUGCUGGUGCAUGGUAAUCCUGUUAUCUCUGCAGUGUUUAUUGCUGCAGCCUCCAGUCCAUCCCCUAAAAAAAGGAAGAAAAUACUCUUAUCUUCUGAUUCUGAUUCUACCUGCUUGAUUCUUCCAGUUCCGCCUAGGAUAGCUCCUUUUUCUUUUAACAACGACCUGUCUGAAGGAGUGCGAGCCCACGUGACUUGUUUCAUAGAGAAGGGCGACCCUCCAUUUGACAUAACGUGGUUGAAAGACUCUGACCCGAUUCCACCUGGAAAUGAUCAGGAACCAGGAUCGGAAACAAAGGGCUUAAAGAUCAUACCCAUAGAUGUUGAACAAAUGUCUUUGAUUGCAGUUCCUCCUCGCUGGUUAGUUGAACCUCAGAAUCAACAAGCAGCAGAAGGUGUAUUGCACUUUGUUGUGCACUGUCAAGCGGAAGGUUUCCCUCCUCCAACUAUCACUUGGAGAAGAGCUACAGGAAAAAGACCAGGAGAUUACCGAGACCUUGAUAUGGACCCUUCUUCCGGUAUUACUGUCCACAACAACGGGUCAUUAAUGAUACAACGACUUCAGGAAGAACAUGAGGGUCAUUAUCUCUGCGAAGCCACAAAUGGUAUUGGUAAUGACCUUAGUAAAGUAAUAUAUCUGACAGUCAAUGCACCUGCUCAUUUUCUUGUCAAGAGUAAGAAUCAGACUUCCCGCAUGGGAGCAAGUAUAAAUCUUCAAUGUGAAGCUUAUGGAGAUAAACCUCUUCAAAUAAUAUGGAGAAAAGCAGGAUUAACUCUUGAUCCAGCGGCCAUAGAUUAUAGAUAUAACAAAAAAGAAGUAAACAUCACAGGAGGGAUUGCUUCUGAACUAGGAAUAUCAAAACCACCAGAUUUUCCCAGAAAUUUGCAUGUAAUUGAAAAAGGCAGCCGAUUUGUUAAAUUGGGUUGGAUCUUAAGUCAAGAUGGAAACAGUCCAAUAACUCAUUACACUGUGGAGUACAAAACAGAUUCAGAUAUUUGGCAUGAGUAUACGGCUCAGACAACUGUACCAGGAGGACAAGCCACCACACAGGUUACUGGCCUUCGCCCGGCUACCAACUACCAGUUUCGCCUCUACGCUGAAAAUGAACUUGGUCGCAGUCAAGCAAGCGAUGUUCUGGAUGUAAUAACGGAUGGUGAAACUCCAGGAGGACCACCUCAAAAUGUGCAAGUUGAAGCCACGAGUUCCACUGAAUUACAUGUAACAUGGGAUCCUCCUGAGCAUUACUUGUGGAACGGAGAAAUUUUAGGUUACCAUGUUGGUUAUAAGGAACUGAGAUCUAAUAAUGAGCAAUACCAAUACAAAAGAGUGGAGAACCGUGGCCAAGGAGGAGACUGCCUUUUAAGUGACCUGAAGAAAUUUACUAGAUAUAGCAUUGUUGUACAAGCUUAUAAUGCCCUUGGACAAGGACCCAUGGCUCAAGAGGUUGUUGGUGUCACAAUGGAAGAUGUGCCUAGUGGUCCCCCACAAGAUGUUCGUUGCACAGCAUUCACCUCUCAAAGUCUUCAGAUAAGCUGGGAAGCCCCUCCAGAUGCUCAACUUCAUGGAAUUCUGAAUGGCUACAAAGUAAUUUGGGAAAACUUGGAAGACUAUGAUAGUAUUUCAAAACCAGAGACAAAAAUAACUACAGCAUUGACUGUCGUUGUCCAUGGUCUUGAAAAAUUCACAAAUUAUAGCAUCCAGGUACUUGCCUUCACCAGAGUAGGUGAUGGAGUUAGUAGUCCCUCUCUUUUCUGUAUGACAGAAGAAGAUGGUCUGUAUUACUUCAUUACUAAUGCAAAUAAAAUGUUAGUUAACACUGUCAGUAAUUUAUUUUACAUAUUUCAUGUAGUGCCUGAAGCCCCUGCUGGGAUAAAAGCAGUUGUCAGUUCAUCAACAUCAAUUAUUGUAAGUUGGUUACCGCCCAAACAUUCUAAUGGAAUUAUCACAACAUAUAACCUUCAGGUUCGCCUACUUGAUAACUCAGGACAAGAGAUAAAGACUUUUCCUAAAAAUUUACCACCAGUCAGUAAUCAUUAUGAAAUUGAAAGUUUGAAUAAGCGUGGACGAUAUGAGUUCAGUGUUGCUGCUCUCACAAGAGUUGGUGAGGGACCAUUUACUCAACCCCUUGUGUUAUCUCCGUCAUCAGAAGUUCAAGCAGCCAUCUACUCAUUUGAUAGUGUAAUUGUAGUACCAAGAAAACAAAAUACUCAGCUUCCUUGUAAACAUGUGGGGAAGCCAGACCCAACUGUUAGUUGGAGGCAGAUGAGUCAACAGUUAAAAUUAUCAGCAAGGUUAAAAGUGCAAUCUGAUGGUUCCCUGCAAAUUGCAGACCUGCGUGAGGAAGAUAAUGGAAAUUAUACAUGCCAUGUGGAAAACACUUAUGGAUCAGAUCGCAUUAGUCACAAACUAAUUGUACAAGUACCUCCUUCUGCACCUCUUCUGCAUGCUACGGGUUCAACAAGCACAAGUUUAAAUGUACAAUGGAAGUUGGGAGAAGAUGGUGGAGCUCCUAUAACAGGUUUUGUUCUUCAUUAUAAACGAGAGUUUGGUGAAUGGGAAGAAGUAAAGGUUAACCGAAAACAAAGCAGUUACAUAAUCAACAAUUUAUGGUGUGGGACAUCUUACCAGCUGUAUGUUACAGCACAUAAUGCCAUUGGUAUGGGUCAUCCAAGUGAAUAUAUUAUUGCUACUACUGAUGGUGGAAAGCCAGGAACAGUCCCUGCUGAUAAAUUUCUUUAUGUAAAUUCAACUUCUGUCACAAUGUACUUGGAAAAUUGGGUUGAUGGAGGCUGCCCUAUUUCUUACUUUGAAGUUGAAUACAAACCAUCCAAUAGCAUUGAACUUCAGAAGAGUUUUGUGAUAAGAGGAUUGCAGCCUGACACUGAUUACCAGUUGAGAGUUAAAGCUAGAAAUAAUGCAGGGAUAACAAGUGCAGAGUAUGCUUUCCAUACCAUUAGCAACUUGGGAGGUACUGCAUCACCAACAUCCAAUAGAGUUGGUGGUACAGAUGAUGUCAGUCUUUAUUUAGACUUCAAACUUAUAAUACUUUUGGCUUUAUCAGCAUCUAUAUUAUUGUUAGCUGUGGUUGUUUAUUAUUGUUUUCAAAAACGACCUUUUGCGGGUGAGGUGGCUAGUUUACACGAAUCCCAAACUGCUGCUGCUCUUGAUAACAAACAAAACAUGGAACAACGAGAACAAUAUUAUGCCACUGUUCGAAAGCCAUUACGCUCUCCUGUUCAUGAAAUGGCUACAUUGGAACGCAUUCCAGAAUACUCGGAGGACAUCUACCCUUACGCCACAUUCCAGUUGAACGAAGCAGCCGGAGUAGAGACGAGAUGCACAUCAGCAGCUCCUGCACCAGCUUCAACUCAGCUUCAGACGUUUAUGUACCACGAUCCUCACCUAUCAACAGCAGAAACACUGCAGAUUCGCGAGUCUGAUUCGGACCCCUAUUCAAAAGUGCGUGCUCGGUCUCGACGAAAAUCCAAGUCAUUCAAGUCAGAGAGUGAAGAGUAUGACACUUUGGGCUCUGACAGUGACACUGAACAAGGGACAUCAAGUCGCACUGAAUCAUCGAAUCAUCUGGAUGACCCAGGCCCUGGCCACUGUAAAGACAGGUCAGCAUCACAACAGCUUAGCCGACAUCGCUCUCGGGUCCAGAUUCACCAACAGCCUGUCACCAGUUUUGAGUCCAGGUUUCUGAAUGCCCUGGCAUUUCAAAACUCUCUGGGACUUCAGGAUCAGGGUCCCAGACAACUUGACCACCAUCCUAAUCGGUCUGAGGAGCCCACUGGCCCGAUAAUGCGUCAGGCCAGUGCUCUCCUAUGGCCAGACAAACGGGAUCAUCGAAGACGUCCAGUCCUCGAUGGCAUCGUCCGCACAGGAGGAAACUUCAUCUAUCAUGGACCAGAGUCCAGCACAUCCACCGAGCCCUCGCCAAUCUUCGAGAAGAAGUCAUUCCCAAGGAGAGGCAGACCCAAGAUGCUACAGUUGGCGCAUUAUUCCCAUGAAACAGCAGAGCCCCAGUACCAGCACCGCUCCUUCUCUGGGUUCGGGCUUGGGUCUCAGCGCAGCUCAGCCUCACUAUCACGGGAUUCCCCUUUCCUUUUCCCCUCGAAGCUGGAACCACCUACAGGAUUCUCGGACUCAGUUGAGUUGAGUGAAGCUGAAUGUGAUUUGGAUGCCGCUCGUGGUGUUAAACCCUCCUCUCUCCAUCCUCAUAAAUUGGACACUCGGGACUUUACCAUUGCUAUAGUAAAUCUUAAUAACUCGAAGGAGAGAAUGAUUCAGUCGCCCUAUAUGUUCUCUCCAAUGUUGGCGUACUAGCAUACACGAUGCUGCAUCGGUGUCUCUCGGCCGCACCACCGAGAAGCGUUGGAGCAGAACCACAGAGCAUGGGAAAGGAAAGAUCCGCGAGUCACGGCUGUGGGUGCCGGCGGCCGCGUGGCACUCAGUGGCGGGGCUUCCGAGUGGCCUUGUGUGAAGACGGUAUUCAGCUAGCGGUGGUGCGAGUGUACUGACCCCCACAGCGGCACCACUGACCCGCUCGUGCGAAGUCCUCCUUUUUAACCAAUGCUUUGCCAACAAAAACGCUGAAUGGAAGCGCUCCCGAGUGGCACUAUGAAAGUGCCCUUAGUGCUGACCCCCUGAAACCUACCCACCAUCUUUCCAACGUCCUACACGUGUUUUUUUCGCUUUGCCCCCAUCAUUCCUCGCCCGGUCCACUCCCGCCAAAGAACGCGGCGAAGCGUCUGCCGUGGUCAGGCAAUGCGACCCUACUUCAAGGCCAAAUAGACGACUUCCCUCCGUCCGUGCAAUCAAACAAAAUGGGGAGGGAGGGAGGGAGGGACCCGCGCGAAGUGUAGUGGUGAGUAAAAUCACUGUAUGAGAACUCUCGUCUGCAGAUUCGUUUACUACACUACUUUCGGAAAAUGAAUGCCGAUAAUUUAAAUACGAAUACAUCAGAAUAUUUUUAUGAUUUAAUGACUAUGCCCUUCGAGAUUUACUAGUUGUUGUGAUUUUAUUAAAUAUAUUUUUGAAAAAUCCAAGAAUUAUUUCUUCCGGAGUCACUUCGAGAUAUUGAGGUUUGACUGUAUUACAAUUUUAAGAAUAUAAUAUUGGCACAACAAUAUCCAUUAUGUUGACUGAUGCUUAACAGAAGAUAUCCAUUUUUAUGAAAAGUACUUAACAUUUUGUACAUAAAAUGAAAAUUAAUAAAUAGUAACAUGAACAAGAAAUGUUGAACGAAUAUUCUUGGAACGAAUUCGUUCAAAUAAUUGUGUUAUAUGUCCAACUUAAGAACAUUUUUAUUGCAGACAAAAUAACAUGGAAACUAUGCUCUCUAGGGUCUCCAUUUAUGUAGACAUCAUGAUAAGUACAAUAAUGAUUAAAAAAACAUCAUAUUUUGUAGUGUAGUAUUUUCUUGUUCUGUUAUUGUCAGCUUACUUCUGUCAUUAUCUGCAAGUAAAAUUAUUUCUUGGUUUAUUGAACUUCUAUCCUUCAAAAGAU